GCAAAGACUUAGUAGAGACAAUUGUACACUGCUGAUUGGCUAAGAGAUAGUGAGCUGGGUAAGCAUAUAGUAACACUUGGAUUCGGAUUAUAGGAGGGAAGGAAUGAUUGCACUGAGGAACCUGAAGCCAAAAUAAUGGAGGAAGACAUUAGUGCUCAUGAGAUCAUCUUUUUAAUUUGUAAAAUAAAAUUGAGGAUUCGAGCUGCAUGACUGAUUGAGGAGGUAUAUAUAUAGGGGAAGACUAUGUGCACUUGUCAUGCAAAUUUGAGACAACACACAGUUUUGAACAAAAGUAAAGCAACAUGGUAGCAAUGAUGGGUAGGGAAAUUGCUGAGCAAGGGUGGAGGAAGGGUCCUUGGACUCCUGAAGAGGAUAAGUUGCUUAGUGAAUAUGUGAGCUUGAACGGUGAGGGAAGGUGGAGUUCUGUUUCUAGGUGCUCAGGCUUGAAUAGAAGUGGAAAGAGCUGCAGACUGAGGUGGGUGAAUUACCUUAGGCCAGGACUUAAGAGAGGCCAAAUAACACCACAAGAGGAAGGCAUCAUUAUUGAACUACAUGCUCUCUGGGGCAACAAGUGGUCAACUAUAGCUAGAUACUUGCCUGGCAGAACAGAUAAUGAGAUAAAAAACUAUUGGAGAACCCAUUUCAAGAAGAAAGAUAAAUCCUCUCAGAAACAAGAAAAGCGAAACGCUCUGAUUCUAAAACAGGAAGUGCAACACCAGCAGCAGCAGCAGCAGCUAGAAGCUGGUGAAAUGAAAAUGGUCAACACCAUUGAUCAUGUUAAGAUGCAUGAAGCACAAGAAAUGUAUUUCAUGUACCACAAUUUGGAGGAUCAAUGCUCGCCUGUGAUGACUCAAGAUUUCGCAUCUUGGGCAGACUAUGUUGGAGAGGAUUAUUAUGGACUAUGGGGUGGCUUGUGGAACUUAGAUGAUCAUCCACAGGGUUAAAUUACUCAUACAAGUAACUGAAAUAAGAUAUCCCUGCAAAAUCAAACAACAACUUGUUCUUUUGGAGGGGACUCGAAGAAUAUUUACAGUGGAGGGUACAGUUUCUAAUAAUGGUUAGAAAAUGUUGAUGGUGACAAAUUUUUGUGUAAUACUUUGUGUCUAACUUGCUUAGAGUAUGUUAAAACCUUAUUUUUAUGAGAGUAAUAUAAAUGGUGAUGAACUUUUAAGAAAGAUUGU